AAUCACCACUCGAACUCCACUCGCAAUGCUCGGUCUACGCGCAGCACGCACAUUCACACCAGCGGUCCGCCGCGUCACUCAAAAGCGACUGGAAAGCUCCCUCUCCGGACCAGCCGACAAUGCCUUCAAUCGCGAGCGACAGGCAGUCAAGGAGCACGCUGCUGCCACUUCCGACCUCUGGCGCAAGCUCUCUAUUUACGUUGUGAUCCCAUCCCUCUGCAUUGCGGCUGUCAACGCUUGGCGUCUUUGGGACGAGCACUGGGAGCACAAGUCACACGAGCCUCCGGUUGAGGAGCGCACAGAAUACCCAUAUAUGAACAUUAGAACGAAGAACUUCUUCUGGGGAGAUGGCGACAAGACUCUUUUCUGGAACCCAAAGGUCAACCACCACAAGGCCCCAGACGCGGAGUAAGGGGGGAUGAUUCUCACAGCUGCGGAUUGAGUACUGGGUUAAGUCGACCGGUGGAUUAGAUCUCUUUGCGUUGAAAGGUGGUGCCAUUACACGACUCGCGAUGUACAUAUGAGCAGGAGCAUCCGAAUUGACUAUUCGUGUACAACA